AUGCACGUUCUAUAUAGGCCUGAUAGCUGCAGCGGAAGAGUUAAAAUAGAGAUGAAUGUCGACCAGACUGACAACGUCCAUGAAGCCAAGUCCAUCGUUUUCAAUGCAGACACAUCCAUGCAGCACCCUAGUCGUCAACCACAAGGUCUUCUUCAAGAUCUCUUGACUCCGAUCAACCACACUUGGACCACAUUUCCUAAUGAAGAAGAUGAUUCAUUAUUAGCGUCCUCUUCUUCUUCUUCUUCAUUCAUGCAUCUCAUCUCAUCCUCUCUACAACCCACUUUUCCAUGCUUAGAAGAAACUAUAUUUCCCACGCUACCAAAUCUUGACAACUUCACACAAAUAUACGGAUUCGAAUACAAUGAUAUACCAACAUCAAUGGUUUCAGUCCAAGAAACGUGCCCAACACUAGUGGAUUCUGAUAAAAUGGUUCAUGAUGACAUUGAUAAGCAUCAAAUCCAGUAUGUUUUUGGUGAGGAAAAGAAGAGCAAAUCUAAGAAGGUUGAAGGGCAACCUUCCAAGAAUUUAAUGGCAGAAAGACGAAGAAGAAAACGGUUAAAUGAUCGUCUUUCAAUGCUCAGAUCAAUUAUUCCUAAAAUUAGCAAGAUGGAUAGGACAUCAAUACUUGGGGAUACGAUAGAGUAUAUGAAAGAUCUACUCGAAAAGAUUCAUAACUUGAAUCCUGAUUCGAAUAGCUUGAACUUGAUGGGAGUCUCACAAUUAUCACAAGCUAAGUAUCCAACAAAGUUUGAAGUAGAGAGGAGAAACGUGGAUACCCGUAUUGAGAUCUGUUGUUCAACAAAGCCGGGAUUGGUGUUGUCAACGGUGAACACGCUUGAAACAUUAGGGUUAGACAUUCAACAAUGUGUCAUGAGUUCUUUCAGUGAUUUUUCGGUUCAAGCUUCUUGUUUUGAGAAUAAUCGGGAGAUGACAAGUUCUGAAGAAAUUGAGCAAAUAUUAUUUAGAAAUGCAGGUUAUGGAGGAAGAUAUCUCUAAAGAAGCAUGGAUGAAAAAUAAAAUCUUCAAGUUCUACUCUUGUUAUUAGCAUGAAUAUGUUAUUGCAGAAUUUUGGCUGUUUUCCAUCUUUGCAAUUAUUAAUUUACUUAUGAAAAGCACAUAGUACUCCAUUCCAGAUUCCAAAAAAAGUUAAUAUAAAG